AUGUAUCUCCUAUACCUGUUAGGGGCUAUCUCGCUCCUGAUCGCCACCGUCGCGGCCGAGUCGUCCGAGAUUUUCUACUGGCCCGUCGGAUCGCCGCAACCCUCUCUCCUGGCACGCGUCGCCUAUGAUCCUGCGACACUGGAGUCCGAGCUCUUGUCGUACCACCCUCCGGCCGGCUCUCCCAAUGACCUCGUUCGCAUUGGUCUAUACACCAUUACUACCUCCAGCCCCAAGCAAUGGUCUGGCAGCUUGGUAUCCUUGUCCGCCUUGACCGGAGAUGACCAGCCCACAAUUCGCCUUCACCUCGGACCUGCCAACGAGCCGUACCACAUUUCUCUGGCCGCUUCAUCUUCCUCUGGCUCUAAGGUGGAGCUGGUCUCCAAUGCACCAGGCACCCAGCCGCAUUUGAACCGACCGGUCGUCGUGAGCCCCGAUGGGUCAAAUCCCGAAGAAGUCCCAGAGAAAACAUUUUUCCAAAAGUACUGGUGGGUGCUCUUGAUUGUCACAUUCUUGACUAUGUCCGGCGGCGGUGGUGGUGGGGAAGGACAAUAG